GCGGCGCCCGCCCCUCUCGCACUCGUACGCGCACACACGCCGCCCACGCACGCAGCCUCCACGCCGACAGCUCUCUCCGGCAUCUCCAGCACACGCUCUGCACUCUCCGCCGGCGCGUCGUGGGCUCCAGCAUGACUAGGAGGUGAAGACACACACCCAGCGAGCACCGCCAAGCGACCACCGACCAUGGAGCCGGUCAGCGCCGCCAAACUGUGGCUGGUGCUGAUAGUGACGGCUCUGCUAUCAGCCACGCACGCACAGGACGCCAGAAGAGACGGAGAUGGCGGCAAAGAAGUCAUAGUCGACAUCGAAAACGAGGACAAGACGCAGUAUCACGAGCAGAACUUUAAUAAUAGUGCUUACGAGUAUGGAUACGAGGUGGGCCCGGACGGGCAGUUCCACCACGAGAACCGCGGACCGGAUGGCGUAGUAUACGGCUGCUACGGGUACGUGGACCCGGAGGGCAAGCUGCGAGCCACGCAUUACGUGUCAGACGCCUGGGGCUACCGCGUCGUGCAGCCGGGAAGGCCUGUGGAGAUCUUCCUCCACCCACACGACGAAGGACACGACCACGGCGGCGGUGAGGAGCACGGCCACGAGGGACACGGGCACGGUCAUGGACAUGGGCAUCAUGGAGUUGUGACACCGUGGAACAAGCUCUACUUCCCUAAAGGAUGUGGCGGAGUCCGGCCACCAGGGCAGCCCGGUGGUGCACCUUUCCCAGGACCUGGAGGUGGACCAGUAGAAGGAGCUGGCACAGGAACAGAAGAGGGAGCUAUUCUCCCAGGACAAAUACCAGCUGGAGGAGGUCCACCAGGUGCACCAGGAUACCCAGGUGCUCCAGGCUAUCCAGGAGGACCAGGGGGACCUGGUGGACCAGGAGGACCAGGUGGGCCUGGAGGACCAGUAGGACCAGGGGGACCUACAGGACCAGGUGGUCCAGUAGGACCAGGAGGUCCAGUUGGACCAGGAGGACCAACAGGCCCAGCACCACCAGGGGCACCAGGAGGCCCUGGAGGACCAGGUGGACCAGGAGGUCCAGGAGGACCAGGAGGACCACCGGGUAUAGGAGGACCAACAGGUCCUGGAGGACCAGUUAGACCAGGAAUACCAGGAAGACCAGGAGCACCAGGAACACCAGGAGGGCCAGGAGGACCUGGAGGACCUGGAGGACCAGGUGGACCAGGAGGACCACCAGGUAUAGGAGGACCAACAGGGCCUGGAGGACCAGUUAGACCAGGAAUACCAGGAAGACCAGGAGCACCAGGAACACCAGGAGGACCAGGAGGACCAGGAGGACCAGGAGGACCAGGAGGACCAGGAGGACCACCAGGUAUAGGAGGACCAACAGGUCCUGGAGGACCACUUCAACCAGGAAUACCAGGAAGACCAGGAGCACCAGGAACACCAGGAGGGCCAGGAGGUCCUGGAGGACCUGGAGGACCAGGAGGACCAGGAGGACCACCAGGUAUAGGAGGACCAACAGGGCCUGGAGGACCAGUUAGACCAGGAAUACCAGGAAGACCAGGAGCACCAGGAACACCAGGAGGACCUGGAGGACCUGGAGGACCAGGAGGACCAGGAGGACCACCAGGUAUAGGAGGACCAACAGGGCCUGGAGGACCAGUUACACCAGGAAUACCAGGAAGACCAGGAGCACCAGGAACACCAGGAGGACCUGGAGGACCUGGAGGUCCUGGAGGACCAGGAGGACCAGGUGGACCACCAGGUAUUGGAGGACCUACAGGGCCAGGGGUACCAGGUAUACCAGGAAGACCAGGAGCACCAGGAACACCAGGAGGACCUGGAGGACCUGGAGGACCAGGUGGGCCAGGCGGCCCUCCAUUCCCAGGAGGACCAACUGGGCCAGGAGUACCAGGAAUACCAGGUAUACCAGGAGCGCCAGGAACACCAGGAGGGCCAGGUGGCCCAGGAGGGCCAGGUGGACCAGGAGGACCACCAGGAAUAGGAGGACCUACAGGCCCCGGAGGACCAGUUAGACCAGGAAUACCAGGAAGACCAGGAGCACCAGGCACACCAGGAGGACCAGGUGGUCCAGGAGGGCCAGGAGGACCAGGUGGGCCAGGAGGACCACCAGGAAUAGGAGGACCUACAGGACCAGGUGGACCAGUCAGACCAGGAAUACCAGGAAGACCAGGAGCACCAGGCACACCAGGAGGACCAGGAGGUCCAGGAGGACCAGGAGGCCCAGGUGGGCCAGGAGGACCACCAGGAAUAGGAGGACCUACAGGGCCAGGAGGACCAGGAAUACCAGGAAGACCAGGAGCGCCAGGAACACCAGGAGGACCUGGAGGACCUGGAGGACCAGGAGGUCCUGCUUUCCCAGGAGGACCGACUGGGCCAGGAGGACCAGGAAUACCAGGUGUACCAGGAGCACCUGGAGCACCCGGAGGUCCAGGAGGACCUGGUGGACCUGGUGGACCAGGAGGACCACCAGGAAUAGGAGGACCUACAGGACCAGGGGGACCAGGAAUACCAGGAAGGCCAGGUGCACCAGGGGCUCCAGGUGGUCCAGGAGGACCAGGUGGACCAGGUGGACCAGGAGGACCACCAGUUCCCGGAUUUCCUGGAGGCCCAGGAUACCCAGGAGGCUAUCCUACUGGACCUGGUACUUUCCCUGGGGCGCCUGGUUUACCAGGUGCACCAGGUGUACCAGGAGCUCCAGGACAACCUGGAGGCCCAGGAUAUCCUGGAGGACGACCGCCUACAGGACCUAUUGGUUUCCCAGGUACUCCAGGAGCCCCAGGACAACCUGGAACACCAGGACAGCCCGGAGCACCAGGGUUCCCUGGACAGAGGCCACCAACUGGACCAGGAGGCUAUCCUGGCGCCCCUGGAAUCCCAGGACAACCAGGCUACCCGGGAACACCAGGCCAGAGGCCGCCGUCAGGACCAGGAGGAUAUCCAGGAGGACCAGGAUAUCCAGGCGGAGGUCCAGGAGGAUACCCAGGAUACCCCGGCGCUCCAGGGCUUCCAGGAGCACCAGGAUACCCAGGAGGACCGGGACAGAAGCCUCCCACAGGACCUGGCGGAUACCCCGGAGCACCAGGACAACCAGGAGCACCAGGCCUUCCAGGCGUACCAGGACAGCCGGGACAGAGGCCUCCAUCAGGACCUGGAGGAUAUCCAGGAGGAUAUCCAGGCGGAUACCCAGGCUACCCAGGAGCUCCAGGAGGUCCAGGCGCACCAGGAACACCAGGUGUGCCAGGUAAGCCUGGAACACCAGGGACACCAGGCUACCCAGGAAUACCUGGAGGUCCAGGAUAUCCAGGGGGAAGACCGCCAGCAGGAGGAGUACCAGGAGGAUACCCAGGUGGACCAGGUGCACCAGGAGCACCAGGCUACCCAGGAGCACCAGGAUUACCAGGAGGAAGGCCACCUACAGGAGGAGGACCAACUGCACCAGGAGGCUACCCAGGUCAACCAGGUCAACCAGGUAGACCAGGAACACCAGGAACACCUGGAGCACCUGGAUUACCAGGGACACCAGGAGGACCAGGAUAUCCAGGAGGAAGACCGCCUACAGGUGGUGGACCCACAGCACCAGGAGGAUACCCAGGUGGUCCAGGUGCACCAGGAGCACCAGGGUACCCAGGGGCACCAGGAGCACCUGGGGUACCAGGAUUGCCAGGAGGAAGGCCACCAUCAGGAGGAGGACCAACUGCACCAGGUGGCUAUCCAGGACAACCAGGUAGACCAGGUACACCUGGAGCACCUGGAUUACCAGGGACACCAGGAGGACCAGGAUAUCCAGGAGGAAGACCACCUACAGGUGGUGGACCCACAGCACCAGGAGGAUACCCAGGUGGUCCAGGUGCACCAGGAGUACCAGGCUACCCAGGGACACCAGGAGAACCUGGGGUACCGGGAUUGCCAGGAGGAAGGCCACCAUCAGGAGGAGGACCAACUGCACCAGGAGGCUACCCAGGUCAACCAGGUAGACCAGGAACACCAGGAACACCUGGAGCACCUGGAUUACCAGGGACACCAGGAGGACCAGGAUAUCCAGGAGGAAGACCACCUACAGGUGGUGGACCCACAGCACCAGGAGGAUACCCAGGUGGUCCAGGUGCACCAGGAGCACCUGGGUACCCAGGGGCACCUGGAGCUCCUGGGGUACCAGGAUUGCCAGGAGGAAGGCCACCAUCAGGAGGAGGACCAACUGCACCAGGAGGCUAUCCAGGUCAACCAGGUAGACCAGGAACACCAGGAGCACCUGGAUUACCAGGGACACCAGGAGGACCAGGAUAUCCAGGAGGGAGACCACCUACAGGUGGUGGACCCACAGCACCAGGAGGGUACCCAGGUGGUCCAGGUGCACCAGGAGUACCAGGCUACCCAGGGGCACCUGGAGCACCUGGGGUACCAGGAUUGCCAGGAGGAAGGCCACCAUCAGGAGGGGGACCAACUGCACCAGGUGGCUACCCAGGUCAACCAGGUAGACCAGGAACACCAGGAACACCUGGAGCACCUGGAUUACCAGGGACACCAGGAGGGCCAGGUUAUCCAGGAGGAAGACCACCUACAGGUGGUGGACCCACAGCACCAGGAGGAUACCCAGGUGGUCCAGGUGUACCAGGAGCACCCGGCUACCCAGGGGCACCAGGAGCACCUGGGGUACCAGGAUUGCCAGGAGGAAGGCCACCUUCAGGAGGAGGACCAACUGCACCAGGAGGCUACCCAGGUCAACCAGGUAGACCAGGAACACCUGGAGCACCUGGAUUACCAGGGACACCAGGAGGACCAGGAUAUCCAGGAGGAAGACCACCUACAGGUGGUGGGCCCACAGCACCAGGAGGAUACCCAGGUGGUCCAGGUGCACCAGGAGCACCAGGCUACCCAGGGGCACCAGGAGCACCUGGGGUACCAGGAUUACCUGGAGGAAGGCCACCAACAGGAGGAGGACCAACUGCACCAGGAGGCUACCCAGGUGGCCCAGGCAUUCCGGGAGCGCCAGGCUAUCCAGGAGCCCCAGGAGUACCGACAGGACCAGGAACUGGCCAACCACAACCAGGACAACCGGGAGCACCAGGUACUCCUGGACUACCAGGCAGCCCUGGAACACCAGGUCAACCAGGCACACCAGGCUACCCAGGAGGGCCAGGAUAUCCAGGCCAACCAGGAAUAUCAACAGGACCAGGUGGAAGACCACCAACUGGAGGGUACCCAGGAGGACCAACUGGCCCAGGUGCACCAGGACAGCCAGGAGCACCAGGACUGCCAGGGCAGCCCGGAUACCCAGGACAGCCAGGAGUACCAUCAGGACCAGGAGGAAGACCACCCACUGGAGGUUACCCGGGAGUACCGACCGGACCAGGUGGAAGACCACCAACUGGAGGGUACCCAGGAGGACCAACUGGUCCAGGAGCACCAGGACAACCAGGAGCACCAGGACUACCAGGGCAGCCUGGAUACCCAGGGCAGCCAGGAGUACCAUCAGGGCCAGGAGGAAGACCACCCACUGGAGGUUACCCAGGAGUACCAUCAGCACCAGGUGGCAGACCACCUACUGGAGGUUAUCCAGGAGGACCAACUGGACCAGGAUUACCAGGAGGACCAGGAUCACCAGGGCAACCAGGCCAACCUGGCACACCAGGUAAACCAGGAACACCAGGAUACCCUGGAGGACCAGGAUACCCAGGCCAACCAGGAAUACCAACAGGACCAGGAGGAAGACCACCAACAGGAGGAUACCCAGGAGGACCAACUGGUCCAGGAGCACCAGGACAGCCAGGAGCACCAGGACAGCCAGGAUUACCAGGGCAACCAGGUGCACCGGGUUACCCUGGAGGUAGACCACCAUCACCAGGCUAUCCAGGAGGUCCAGGAUUACCAGGCACACCAGGACAACCAGGAUAUCCAGGAGGACCAUCAGUACCUGGUGGCCGACCACCUACUGGAGGUUACCCUGGAGGACCAACUGGGCCAGGAGGACCUGGAUUACCGGGCCAACCAGGACAACCUGGUGCGCCAGGACAACCAGGAACGCCAGGCUACCCAGGAGGACCAGGAUAUCCAGGCCAACCAGGAAUACCAACCAGACCAGGAGGAAGACCACCAACAGGAGGAUACCCAGGAGCACCAGGUGGUCCAGGAGCACCAGGACAGCCAGGAGCACCAGGAAUACCAGGACAGCCUGGAUACCCAGGACAGCCAGGAGUUCCAACAGGCCCAGGUGGAAGACCUCCUACUGGAGGCUACCCAGGGACACCAGGGGGACCAACAGGUCCUGGAGGUCCAGGAUUACCAGGCCAACCAGGACGACCUGGCACACCAGGUCAGCCAGGAACACCAGGAUACCCAGGCGGACCAGGAUACCCAGGUCAACCAGGAAUACCAACAGGACCAGGAGGAAGACCACCAACGGGAGGAUACCCAGGAGCACCAAGUGGUCCAGGAGCACCAGGACAGCCAGGAGCACCAGGAAUACCAGGACAGCCUGGAUACCCAGGACAGCCAGGAGUUCCAACAGGCCCGGGUGGAAGACCUCCUACUGGAGGCUACCCGGGGGCACCAGGAGGACCAACAGGUCCUGGAGGUCCAGGAUUACCAGGCCAACCAGGACGACCUGGCACACCAGGUCAGCCAGGAAAACCAGGAUACCCAGGUCAACCAGGAAUACCAACAGGACCAGGAGGAAGACCACCAACAGGAGGAUACCCAGGAGCACCAAGUGGUCCAGGAGCACCAGGACAGCCAGGAGCACCAGGAAUACCAGGACAGCCUGGAUACCCAGGACAGCCAGGAGUUCCAACAGGCCCAGGUGGAAGGCCACCUACUGGAGGUUACCCUGGAGCACCAGGAGGACCUGGACUACCAGGAGGGUCAGGAUUACCAGGCCAACCUGGACAACCCGGUACACCAGGACAACCAGGAACACCAGGCUAUCCUGGUGGACCAGGAUAUCCUGGCCAACCAGGAAUACCAACAGGACCAGGUGGAAGACCACCAACUGGUGGGUACCCAGGAGGACCAACUGGCCCAGGAGCACCAGGACAGCCAGGAGCACCAGGAAUACCAGGACAGCCUGGUUACCCAGGACAGCCAGGAGUUCCAACAGGUCCAGGUGGAAGACCACCUACUGGAGGUUACCCAGGAGCACCAGGAGGACCAACAGGUCCUGGACUGCCAGGAGGUCCAGGAUUACCAGGCCAACCUGGACGACCUGGCACACCAGGUCAGCCAGGAACACCAGGAUACCCAGGAGGACCAGGAUACCCAGGUCAACCAGGAAUACCAACAGGACCCGGAGGAAGACCACCAACAGGAGGAUACCCAGGAGGACCAACUGGUCCUGGAGCACCAGGACAGCCAGGAGCACCAGGCCUACCAGGUGCACCAGGUUACCCUGGAGGUAGACCACCAUCACCAGGCUACCCAGGAGGUCCAGGAUUACCAGGUGCUCCAGGACAGCCAGGAGUACCUGGACAACCUGGAUAUCCAGGAGGGCCAUCAGGGCCUGGUGGUAGACCACCCACAGGAGGGUACCCUGGAGGACCAUCUGGGCCAGGAGGACCAGGAUUACCAGGCCAACCAGGACGACCUGGCAUACCAGGUCAGCCAGGAACACCAGGACAGCCAGGAGGACCAGGAUAUCCAGGCCAACCAGGAAUACCCACAGGACCAGGUGGAAGACCACCAACUGGUGGUUUCCCAGGAGGACCAACUGGUCCAGGAGCUCCAGGACAGCCAGGAGCACCAGGACAGCCAGGCGCACCAGGAGUACCAGGACAGCCAGGAUACCCGGGACAGCCAGGACUGCCAGGAGGACCAGGUGGAAGACCACCCACCGGUGGAUAUCCAGGAGCACCAGGCGGCCCAACAGGACCUGGUGGACGGCCACCUACCGGUGGUUACCCUGGAACACCAGGUGUACCAGGUUACCCAGGAUAUCCAACAGGACCUGAGGGACCAACAGGACCUGGAGGCAGGCCUCCACCCGGAUAUCCAGGAGGGCCUGGAGCACCUGGGGCUCCAGGUACUCCUGGAGCACCUGGACUCCCUGGACAACCUGGAACACCAGGGUACCCAGGAGCACCAGGAGGACCUAGUGGAGGACAACCACCUUCUACUACUCCAGGAGGCGGAGCGCCCCCAGUGCAGCUGGUGCCCUACCCGCUGCCCAUCGUACCAGUCCCGGGCCUGUGCCCGUGCUACCUGGUCGAGCCCAGUGCCAACGGUACGUCUGGCAACGUGAGCCUGCCGCCCACGCCUCCCCCCUACAGGCCUCCGCCGACCUACAGCCCGCCCCCGCAGCAGCAGGGCGGCCUGCCGCCCUACGCCUUCAUCGGCUUCAUCCCAGUCAUCUUCUACCCGUACUGCCCGGGCAACGGCAGCGAUCCCAGCCAGACGCUGCAGCCCAUGUUCCCCUCGGCGGUGCUGGCGCCCUACCCCUGCUCGCAGUGCGGCUCGGGCAGUGGGGAGCAGUUGCCGCCGCCCACGCUGGCGCGCUUCGACCCCUCGUCCAGCUUCGGGCGCGUGCUGGACCUCGCCAACAUCCCGCUCACCUCUGUCGUCAGGGCGCCGCACCGGCGAGUCAUGAAGCGCAGGCAUCGAGUGCUCCCUGCCACGGCACCGGCGCUCUGAGACUGACAGCCCGUACAGAAUCGCCCUCGCCUGUCCUGAAGAUGGCCACUUCCGUUGCCUUCGAAACGCUACCGUGCCUCCAGCUCAAGUGGCCUACCAGACAGCAUGAACUGGGACACGAAACUACGUAAAAACUGUUGUACAUCUAUUCCACACAUACGUAACAAGGGUGUUAUACACUUUGCGAUAGUUCUCGAACUCGUAUCUAGGCGCCAGUUUCCUUUGUUGAUCACGUCCCGACCUUACCAGAGGGUGCCAACAUUUUACAAAAUGUCUGCAGGCUUUCGUGGCCGUUAUCACUGAAGUUAAAAUCAUCUGGGUUACAGUGUUCUAGCAGUAGUGGACACCAAAAGAUCCUGAGGAAGAUCCCAGCAGAGGGGUCGAAAUGUCGAACAUUUUAGAAGAAACAUGACGCGGCCUAAUAACCCAGAAGAUUUUAACUUCGUUUUACAAAAUGUUCUUCACAUAUUUGUUCCAGUGACUUCCUCUACCUUGCGUGGUCUGUCCAAAACUAAUCUAGACCCCGAUUUCCUGUCUGCUAGAACUUUUUCAGCACAUUCAACAUAUAAAUUACAGAAACAUUUUUGAGAUGUUAUGUUAACAUCGAGGUAUGCAGAGAAGGUAGAAACAAUUAUGAUUACAAGGAAAGCAACGCCUAUAAAAAUUAGAGCCAGUACUUGAAUACAAUAUGAAGUAAAACCUCACUGCUGUCUAGAUAAAAAGAAGUCCUCUUGGAAGGAGGCACUGAGUGAGCAUACUCGGCGAAACGGAAGCGGCAAUUGUCGACAGGCGGGCUAGAUUCUCGGUCUCUACUCCUGUCGCUACUGAUCUAUUUGCUCUCGUACCUACAUUUUUCGUUCCACCCCUCAUCCACCCCUCGCAUCCUUUCUAGACUAACACAUCACCUGCAAAGAUCCCACAUCAGAGAGCUUUCUGGAUCAGUCGCGGCGACGGAGGACUCGGCUACUGCUGUCCCUGUCGCAGGGGCAGUGUUGGCCGGAUGGCUCUGGGCGUCUGAGUAAGGAGAACCUCGCGCCGUGCUCACUUCGCUCGACGGCGGCCAUGCUGCAGGAAAUGCUCACUGCUAAUCACUAUUUAUAUGCAUACGUGAAAACGCUCCGUUGUGGGCUUCGGCGCCUCGAAAGCUUCCCUACUUCGCAGCUACCUUUGCCUCUCGCUACACAUGCUCCGCUCCACCGCACUACAUUAUGAAGAUCACAUGCCCAGGUCCAUCCUCACGUAACACCGUCAGAGAGUGCCUAUUGUAUUUAAAAAACAUUUUCUAAUCCUUAAAUUAUAUUCUACACAUGCCAAUAAUUAUUUUUGUACAAUGAGAAAAUACUUUAUAAGCAAGUAUUUUAACAUGUAGAAACUUUGUUUCAACAAUUAAUGAGACGGAUGUCGCUUGUUUUUAAGUUAAGAUUUCAUUGACUCUACAGGUGUAUGAAUAAAUUGUCCGUAUAUACGUAUCUCGCAUUUUUAUGAGUCGUACAAAGCUGUAAACACAAAAAAUUAAAAUACAGUCUUUUUAUAAAA